UCAGUCUUGCCCAGUUGUACCGGCUCCUCCCCUUCAGUCUUGCACAGGUGUACCGACUCCUCCCCUUCAGUCUUGCCCAGUUGUACCGGCUCCUCCCCUUCAGUCUUGCACAGGUGUACCGACUCCUCCCCUUCAGUCUUGCACAGGUGUACCGGCUCCUCCCCUUCAGUCUGGCACAGUUGUACCGGCUCCUCCCCUUCAGUCUUGCACAGGUGUAUCGGCUCCUCCCCUUCAGUUUUGCACAGGUGUACCGGCUCCUCCCCUUCAGUCUUGCCCAGGUGUACCGGCUCCUCCCCUUCAGUCUUGCCCAGGUGUACCGGCUCCUCCCCUUCAGUCUGGCACAGGUGUACCGGCUCCUCCCCUUCAGUCUUGCACAGGUGUACCUCCUCCUCCCCU